UGACACACUACAACAAUAAUACGGAAGAGGUGGGAAUCAGGUGACACCACUCGCGUACAGCUGAGUUGUAGUUCUGACAGUAAAAACCAGACUGCAUUAUGGAGGACCAGGAGAUGCAACUGAAAGUCAGAAGGGUGACUGACAAGUUCACGGAGAGCAUGUACGUCCUGGCUAACGAGCCGUCGGUGGCUCUCUACAGGCUGCAGGAGCACGUCAGGAGGUCGUUGCCAGAACUAGUCCAGCACAAGACAGAUAUGCAGAGCUGGGAGGAACAAAGUCAAGGAGCCAUCUACACUGUAGAGUACGCAUGCAGUGCCGUGAAGAGCAUGAACAACAGCAGCUUAUAUUUCAAAAACAUUGACAGUCUUCUCCGUCAAGCCAUCAGCAUGAAGGAACAGAUUAAUAAUUCUCAAGGGCGCAGCUUAAAUGAUGUGAGUCCCUGUCCCAGCCCCAUUGUCACUGCUCCACAUGCCCCAUCCACUUCCUCAUGACAGACAGAGGUGUCCAAGGAAAAGGACAAUGGACUCAGGCAUGCUGAAGGAGGUGGGAGAAAAGCACAGCUCUGGGAUGUGAUGCGACUUCCUAAGUUGGUGGAGUUGCCUUUAAAGUCUUGCCCUGCUACCUGUUGACUGUGGCUGAAGUGGGUUCAGAAGGGCAACACCUCCUCAUCACAAUAGAGUGGCUGCCUACACUGACACCCCCGCCACCCCCCGUACAAGCCUCUCAGUGGAACAGAGCAUACCAGCGCUGCUAGGUCCAGCAUUAAAAACACUUAAGUCAUGGCUGCUCAAAGAAUGCAUUGUUCUCUUGGACUCACUGGUCGGUUCAGGGAGAGAGCAGCACUGCUGUUUUGCCACUGCUGUUGAAAGUCCACUGCACAGCCAAUGUUUUUAAAAUUAGUUCUUUUUUUAUGUGUUUGUUCUGUUUAACAUUUUGCCAGAUGGUACAACAUAUGC